AUGGAUGAAGCCGAGCAGGACCAGUAUGAAGCCCGUCUCAAGGAGCUCUUUGACAGCUUUGACAGCACGGGCACUGGAUCCCUUGGGCAGGAGGAGCUGACCGAUCUGUGUCACGUGUUACAUCUGGAGGAAGUGGCUCCUGGCGCGCUGCAACAGACGCUUCUGCAAGGCAACCUUCUUGGCAGGGUCCACUUUGACCAGUUUAAAGAAGCGCUGAUCCUUAUCUUAUCCCGAACCUUAUCGAACGAGGAUGACUUCCAAGAACCAGAUUCUUCACCUGAAGCCCAGCCCAAAUACAUCAAAGGCGGGAAACGCUAUGGCAGGCGGUCUCUGCCGGAGUUUCAGGAAUCCGUGGAAGAGUUUGCCGAGGUGACUGUGAUUGAGCCUCUCAAUGAAGCAGCCCGGAGUUCACACAUCGCUUCCAAUGACUGCGAUGAGCGCUGGAAGACUCAGGACAGCGAGGAAUAUGAAGCAGAAGGCCAGUUGAGAUUUUGGAAUCCGGAUGACUUGAAUGCAUCACAGACUGCGUCGUCCCCUCCCCAGGACUGGAUAGAAGAGAAGCUGCAGGAGGUUUGUGAGAAUCUAGGGAUCACCAGAGAUGGCCACUUGAACAGGAAAAAGCUGAUCUCCGUUUGUGAGCAGUACGGGCUGCAGACUGUGGAUGGCGAGGUGCUUGAAGAGGUGUUCCAUAAUCUUGAACAAGAUGGCACAAUGAGCAUAGAGGACUUUUUCUAUGGCUUAUUUAAAAAUGGAAAAUCUCUUACGCCAUCAGCUUCUACCCCAUACAGACAACUCAAACGGCACCUCUCCAUGCAGUCCUUUGAUGAAAGUGGGAGACGCACCACUGCCCUGUCCGCGAUGACUAGCACGAUUGGGUUCAGAGUCUUCUCCAGCCUCGACGACGGGCUGGGCUAUGCCUCUGUGGAGCGAGUACUUGACACGUGGCAUGAAGAGGGACUCGAGAACGGCCAUGAAAUCCUCACGGCCUUGGAUUUUAGCCUGGAUGGGAAGGUCAACCUGACGGAGCUGACUCUGGCGUUAGAAAAUGAGCUUCUGAUAACCAAGAAUGGAACCCAUCAGGCCGCCUUGGCCAGCUUCAAAAUGGAGAUCAGACAUUUACUGGAGCGAGUUGACCAAGUGGUGAGAGAAAAAGAGAAGCUGCGCUCAGAUUUGGAAAAAGCUGAAAAAAUGAAAUCUCUCAUGGCCUCGGAAGUUGACGACCACCAUGCUACCAUAGAGCGCCGGAAUGAAUACAACCUCAGGAAGCUGGAUGAGGAGUACAAAGAACGCACUGCAGCUUUAAAGAAUGAACUCCGGAAGGAGCGAGAGCAGAUCCUGCAGCAGGCUGGCAAACUGCGAUUGGAGCUGGAGCGGGAGAUUGAGAAGGUGAAAACAGAAGAGAACUACGUCCGCGACCGGCUCACCCUUUCCCUAAAGGAAAACAGCCGUUUAGAGUGCGAGCUGUCGGAGACUGGACAGAAGCUGGCAGAGUACGAGAGCCUGACGAGCAAACUGCAAAGGAACUUGGAAAAUGUCUUGGCCGAGAAGUUCGGCGACCUUGAUCCCAGCAGUGCUGAGUUUUUCCUGCAGGAGGAGAGAUUGGUACAAAUGAAAAACGAGUAUGAACAGCAGUGCAGGGAGCUGCAAGACCAGAUCGAUGAACUCCAGUCUGAGCUGGAAGAGUAUCAUACUCAAGGCAGAAUAUUUAGGCCUUCUCUGGAAAGCUCGCUGCAUGAGGAGUUUGACAUUAAAAAUGGGGGAAGCGGUGGUGUGGAGCCUGACCAAGGGCUUGGUUCUGAGGAUUGCAAUCCGCUAAAUAUGAGCAUAGAAGCAGAAAUGGUCAUUGAACGAAUGAAGGAACAACACCACAAGGAGCUACAGCAUCUGAAACAGGAGCUCAAAGACACAAUGAGCCAUUAUGAAAAACUAGUUGAGACCAAGGCCCAUUGUGAAAAGGAGCAAGAAAAUGUGGCGAAGAAAUAUAAUGAAGAGAGGCAAACCAUGGAAAAGCAAAUAAGUGCCCUUAAAAACCAAAUUGAAGCACUCCAGGGAGAGACCGCGAUGCUCAAAGAGGAACGAGAAAGGAUUGACUGUAAACAUAAUGAGGAGAGAAACGACUUACAGAUGAGCUUUGAUAAGGAAAAGGCUAAUCUCCAAGAACUGCUGAAGCUAGGACAUGAGGAAGAGCUCCGGGUUAGGCUGGAGCAGGUACAAGAGAGCUUUAACCGAGAGCGGGAGGAGCUGGUUCAGAAUGGUAUUUGGAUGGAAGAAAAGAUGAGAGUUCUGGUGCAGACCCUGCAAGAAGAAAAGGGGGAGGUAGAACGUGGUUUCCAUGAGCAGCUGAAAAGCCUGACAGAAAAGCAUGCUGUUGAGAGGGAAGAGCUACAACACAAAUUGCUGGAAAAACACCAACAGGAACUCCAAGAAGAAAGGGAAAAAAUGGAAACUGAGUAUAACAGAAGAACAUCUCAAACAGAAACUCAGUUUUCUGUCAACAGACAAACAAUUGUGAACAAGUAUGAAGAAGCACUACGAAAUCUUGAAGAACGCUACCAACGAGAACUGCAAGAACUCGCCGAACAACAGCGUGAGGAGAAAUCUCAGUGGGAAUUUGAAAAGGAUGAAAUCAUCCAGGAAUGCGCUGAAGCCCAAGAGCAACUGAAGGAAACGCUGGAGAGCAAAAAGGCCAUUUCUUUUGUCCUAACACAGGAGAAAGAACUCCUAGAGAAGAAUUUCAAGGAACAUGUGAACAAGCUAACGUGUGAAAAGGAGCAGCUCCAGAAAGAGCUGCAGGACCUGAGAAAUGCUGCUGAAAAACAAGAGGAUGAGUUGCAUAAUAAAAUACUGCAGCAACAAAAUGAUCAUGAAAGAGAGCUAAAAGACAGAGAAGAACAAAUGUCUGUGGUAGAGGAAAAAAGGAAGCUGGUUAGCCAAAGGCUUGAAGUGCUUGAGACUGCAUAUGAAGAAGAGAAAUACAAACUGAAUUCCAAACUUCUUGCUUUAGAGGGUUUAAACAAAGAGACCCACGAGAGAGCAGAAAAAGAGAAUGCACAGAUGAGUUUGGAAAUCGUAAAGCUUCAAGAAAAAAUAAAGAAUUUGCAGCAGGAAACACUUGACUUUUCCAAACUGCAGAAUGAUUACAAUGCCUUGGCAGAUGAAUAUGCAGUAGUGAAGAGCAAGGUUUCAGCACUGUCUGGCAUGCAACAAUUGGAAGAGGAUGGAGAGGUUCUUAUAAACCUACAGAAGGUUCACGAGCAGGCUGUGAAGGAAAAUGUGAAAAUGGCUUCUGAGAUUGUCAGGUUACAGCAGAGGUUACAGAGGCUGGAGCAAGAGCCAAGGAAACUUUCCAGUUUUGACCAAUCAAAUUCUGAGAUGGAAGAAUCUCAGGUGCAAGACAGGAUAGAGCAAAUUGAGGGUAAUGUUCUAAAAAAUCUGCAAGAUGGUUGUAAAGAGACAGAUCAUGGAGCAAACUUGCUUGUUCUUUCAUUGUUGGAGGCUAAAACUAAGGAGCUUGAAGAAAUGGUUGAGGCUUACUCCAGUCUAGAGAAGAUGUAUGAAGACACUAAGGUAGAGAACCAUGCCCUGAAAAUACAGAUUGGUCAGCUUCUGGAAAAUAUAAUGGUAUUGGAAGCAGAAUAUAAUGAAGCUAAUGACAAGAAGCAAGAUCAGGCUUCCAAAGUGUCUGUGCUGGAAAUGAAACAGACAGAGCUUGAGAAAAUCUUUGAGGCGGUUCCCAAGUUGAAGAUGUUCUAUGAAGACGUUAAAAGAGAGAACCGAUGUUUUCGGGAAGAUAGCAAGGUGGCAAAAAUAACAUCUGAUCAUGCUACAGACCAUAAAGAGCUUUGUUAUGAAGUUUCUAGGCUACAGACUGAACUAAAGAAGGCUGAGGAAAUAACUGAAGCUUCUCUUCAACUUGAGAAGGUCUGUGGAGCAACUAAAGAGAAUGGAGAGCUGAACAAUCUAGUACUUCACCUUUGGAAAAAGAUUGAAGAGCUAGAAGAAAGAUUAAGGUCACAAUCUACACUUCUAUUACAGGAAGAAAUCCAGCUAGAAACCAAGGGCCUGAAAUCUGAAAUGAUAAAGUUGUUUGAACAAAAUAAAAAACUUGAAGAGGAUGUACCAAGACUUACAAGCCUGCAGCACAGGUUAGAAGAAAGUAAUCAAGAAAGUGUCAGACUCCGGCAAGAAAAAACACAGCUCCUGGAAGAAGUUAAGGAACUGGAAGAUGCCCGUGACCAAUAUGCACAGGAAAAGCUAGAGCUGCACAGUGAGAACUUAAGACUGCAGUGCAGACUUGGAAAACUGGAAGAACAUACUUUAACGUUUAAAGUCCUGCAAGAUCAACAUGACCAAUGUGCGACCACGAUAAAAGACCUGGCAACGGAGAAAAGAGCACUACAAGAGCUGAGCAGGAAGCUGAAAGAGAAAGUUACAUCUCUGGUUAAGCAAAAAGACAUGCAUUCUCAAGAAGAAAAAGAGUUGAAUUCAACGAUACAUGAUUUGCAAAGCACAUGUAGUGAGCUGCAGCAAAAAGUUGAACUCCUGAGAUGUGAGGCUGAGAAGCUCAGAGAAGAAAAUGCUAUUCUGAAGAAUGAAAUAACCCUGUUAAAUGAGGAAGGUAGUGUUUCUAACCUGAAACUAAGGGAGCUAAAUGGAUCUCGAGAAGAAAUGUGGCAAAAAAUAGAGGCUAUAAGAAAGGAUAAGGUGGCCGUGCAGAAGGUGGCGGACAACUUGAGAAAACAGGUAUCAGAUUUGAAAGCCAGGAACCAGCAGCUCGACUUUGAAAAUGCAGAACUUAGUCAAAAGAAUUCAAAAAACCAAGCAGACGUGCAGGAUCUUAAUCAACGGCUGGCAAGACUCCUCAGGCAAAAAGAAAAGGAAGUGGGGAAGUGUACACUGGAAGAAUUGGAAAGGGAGAGAUCCAAGCUGAAAGAGGAACUGGAAAACUGUCAAGUUAAGUCAUCAACUCUGGUGUCUUCUUUGGAGACCGAGCUGUCUAAAAUCAAGGUUCAAAAUCGUUUACUGGAGCAGGAAAACCACCUCCUCAGACAGGAACUGGAGAAGACCAAACAGCUGCCCAGAUGUCCUGAUCGCUCUGACUUCCAGAAUGAAAUUUCUAGUGUAAUAACUAAAAAUGAAAAGCUGCUGAAAGAAAAAGAAGCCCUCAGCGAGGAACUAAACAGAUGUGUUGAUAAGGUAGCUAAAGUGAACUUCUUAGAGAAUGUUAUUGCCAGCUUGAAGCAGGAGCAAAAGUCCUGGGAACAACAAAGUCAGACACUGAAAACGCAGCUCACAGUCUCCCAAGAAAAGGUUCAGAGUCUAGAUGAAGCUCUACAAAAUAUCAACCUUCAAAUGUCACGGCUAAAAUCAGACCUACGGGUGACCCAGCAGGAGAAGGAGGCUCUUAAACAGGAAGUAAUGUCACUACACAAGCAACUGCAAAAUGUCAAUGAUAAGAAUCGGGUUCUAGAACUGGCUGUGCAUUCCUCAGGGCUGCAGAACCAGCCGAAGAAGCUGCACUGGGAUGAACUCGAGCAGCUGAUUAAACAGGAGCAGCAGCUGCUGAGGCAAGAGAAUGAGAGACUCCAGAGAGAGGUCCAGAACACUAAAACCGAUCUCACUCAUUCCAGGGAGAAGAUCCGGCAGUUGGAAUCUGCGAUCCUUUCCAUGAAGCACCAAAAACAUCAAAGCCAGUCUGGUAUUGUGAAAGCCAUAGAGCAAGAGAAAUUAAGCUUGAAGAGGGAGUGUGAACAGCUUCAGAAGGAAUUGUCUUCUGCUCACAGGAGGAUCAGUCAGAUGAAUUCACUUGAGCAUGAAUUGGAAACCAUCAAUUUGGAAAAUGAAGGGCUAAGAAAAAAGCAAGUCAAACUGGAUGAACAACUAAUGGAGAUGCUACACUCGAGCUCCAAUGUGAUGCUUAGCCAAUCCCAGCAUUCUCGGGAGCUGCAGCAGCUCCAGCAGCAAGGCUGUACAAUGGUGCCCAAGGAGCAGUUCCUGCAACUCCAACAUCAGCUACAGCAGGCAGAGAGGAGGAGUCAACGACUGCAGGAGGAACUUGAAAAUAGACCCUCUGAAACAAACAUGCCACAGGGGGGCCAUGCUCAGCUUCUAAAGAUGAUGGAAGAACGUAUGAUGGAUGUUGAGCAGAAAUUGAAGCUUGUGAAGAGGCUUCUCCAAGAUAAAGUGAACCAACUGAAAGAACAACUCUCCAAGAAUACUAAAGCAGAUGCAAUGGUUAAGGAUCUCUAUGUUGAAAACGCACAAUUGCUGAAAGCUCUGGAGAUGACAGAACAGCGACAGAAAACUGCUGAGAAGAAAAACUACUUCUUAGAAGAAAAGAUUGCCAACCUCAGUAAAAUAGUAAAGAACCUGGCAUCACCAUCUUUGAAUUCUACUCCUCAAUUAAGGUCAUAG